AUGGCCCAAAGUCGGCUUGAUGCGGCGUCCGUGGAUCCUUGUUUCUGCUUUCGCAGCGCUGACGCUGAGAUGUGCGCUCACGCUGAGGUGUUUGGUAUCGCCCACGAGCCUGGGGAAACCAAGAACUGUGCAUGUGUCAACGGCGGCAAGGACCUCCCCGUGGCGCGCCGCCUUGGAAGGCAUCCUUCAGUCCGGGAGAUCGGCAGAGAAACAGUGGCAAAUGUUCUGCACAGAGGACCCGAGUGGACUGGGAAAACCGAGCAGCCCGACCUGGCGCCGGAGAAUUACAGCGUGCCGACUCUGCGGCGGUUUGUUUCGGCCUUUCAGCACGGGUAUCGCCGACUGUCUCCUGGAGCGCUGCUGCUUGAGGCGGCAGAAGCCGAGCCGACGGGAAGGUUUGCUCUGGCCAUGGAGCAGUAUUGUGAGAGCAGGUAUGGCGCCAAGGACGUCCUUCUGCACGACAAUGAUGAUCUCCUCGGCUUCCUGACCUCGCUCGCCGACGAUUUCUUGGCGAAGAGGAAGGUCGUUCCACGGCUCGUUCGGGUCACAGAUGAUCCUUUCGGAGCUGAGCGACUGCAAGGGAUUUUGGAGGAGUUCCCACAUUUGAAGGAAGAGCUCCACGACGAUGUCCGACCUUCUCUGGAGGCCGCCGAUGCUGGUGAUGCAGAGGCAGCCCUGCGUGAGGUCGCAGCCAAUGUCUUCUGCGAAAAUCCGAGCGCAGCAGUGCUUCAAAAGCUGAAGAUGCUCGGCCGCCCCAGCCCAUACCAGGACCGGUCUGCCUACCUCAUCUCGCUUCUGACGCAGCGCUUGCGACCACGCAGAAAGCAGUCCUGGGUUCGCGAGAUGUGUGAGUCGGAUGUUCUGGCGGCGGUUGCCUUGACGGAUGCCGCGGACGCGGAGGUGAUCAGAGACGGCCUGGCAAACCCAAUGGAUCCCUACGCCGAAGGGCUGACGGCUCGUGGCCGCGUGCGACAGGCUUUGGAUGAGCAGCCAGGGCGGCCGGAUGAUAAAUGGCUGAUUUGUGUCCGGACUUACGGGCGCCCAGGCCGUCGAUGCCAGCAAAGCGAGCUUCAUCGGUUCCUCCACAGCGUCUUCAGCAAGGGGGAGGCUAGCCUCCUCGAGACGAAGCUGAAAGCUGCCAAUCUGGGUUUCCCGGACUUGAGAAAGUUGGCCAAGAAGCCCUUGCAUGCGUUUCGAGAAGACCUAAAACAGGCAGGUGUGAAGGGAUUGCACGUCAAGACGGCCAAGACGCUGGCUGAGAAGGCACUCCAGCCGUGGGAGAACACGGAAAAGAAGCUUCGUAGCGCGGACAAGGGCCUGCGUGAGUUAACCCUUGCUGCUUUGGAGUUGGCCCUCGGCCCGGAAGCUUACAAGCAUUGUCUGAUCUUCGUGUCCCACACAGAUGAUGCUUGGAUCUCUGGCGCUUAUUCUGCUGCACUCGCUGGCACGAAGUGGGAAGGCCGACUUGUGGUCGGCGUUCGAGGCGCACAUCUUCAGGUCCGUUUCAUGGAGGAGGCCUCCCCACUGGGCAGUCACAUUGUGGUCAUGGACGACAACAUCGAGAGGCUGAUCGUGGAAAUUCCGGACGACAGCGUUGUCGCUGAGCAGAAAGCGGCAGGUAUUAUCGAGUGUUGCACACGAUCCCUGAAGAAGGAAGACUGUAUCAGCCCAUUGUGGGGAACUGGUUUGACCACCGUAGAGGAAUCAGACCUCAUGUGUUUCCUGCGUGGAGUUUGCCCAGAAAUUGAAAAGCAAACUCUGGAUGUCGAAGAAAUUCUCCGUAAAGCGAAGGUCGCAACUUUCGACGUCUUCAAGACUCUGCCUGUGCAGCGCAUGGAUGCUGUUCUUACCGCCAUGGGUUUGUCAACGAGGAAGCGAAGGAGAUGCCGUGAAGCCGCCGCCGGCGACAGUGACGAACGUUCGAAAAUGCCGCCCAGACUGCUGGCACUGCCGUCCAAGAAGUCCAAGAGAUGUUCUGUUUCCGACAAGGACCCGGAGCUGUCCCAGUUGGUAAAGCGUGCUGGGCGCGAGAUGCAGAAGCGUGGGCUGCAUCUGUGGGGUGUGAAUCCCUCCAGAAAUCAUUACUUCUUGAGGAAACAGGGUGAUGAUCUUCGCUUGAGGGCCGCAAAGACAGGUGUUUUUCAGGACUACUCGCAGAGGCUAGGCCUGGUUUAUGGCGCCUGGUUCGGUUUCCGAGUGACACACGACCCACGCCUCUACACCAGAACCGGGCAGAUCAAAGAUGACGUCGAGCGCACCCUGAGAUACUGGCAUGCCGACAAAGGGGUUCUUCGUUUCAUGCGGUACGGGGCCGACAAGCUCAGCUACAAGCCCGGGCGAUUCAGCUCGACGAAAGGCGGCAUUUCGGCGAAUUCCUCGCACGAGGAUCACACUGUCGAGGCUCAGGCUGCAGCACGUGCCCUUGUGAAUGAAUUUGGUGCUUACGUCCGCUUGCCGAAGGCCAAGGAGAAGUCGUCUUGUGGCCUUGUCUGGCAUGCUGCAGAACCCGUUUCGACUUGA